AAAAGUUUCCAGAAACACGUGAUUCCGAGAAUUUGGUGUGUGAAUAUUCUCAUCUUGAGUAACAAUUAGGAAAUGUUGAAUCCUUGGAAUUUCUUCGUUUUUGUAUUAUUCAUAAUAUGUGGGCCACUAGGAUCCAAUCAAGUUGAGGUUCAUGUGUGCGACACCACAAAUUCAAACAACUCAUUCAUCUAUUGUAAUGGACCAAUAUUAGAUGCAGUAAACUAUCAUUCACUAUACAAUGAUUCAAAAGAAUUUGUUGAUAUGCCAUUAAAAGAUGAUCCUCAAAUUGUUUACAAUGCGUGGAGGGCUAAAUACGGAAAUCAAUCAUCUGCAAACUUGAAUAAAAGCGAUGUUCAAGCGUUUGUAAAUCAAUAUUUCAGUGCUGCUGGAACAGAGCUUGUCGUUUGUACACCUGACGAUUGGCAAGAGAAACCACCAAAAUUGGCAACAAUCGCUGAUCCGAAACUCCGUGAAUGGGCAUAUAAAUUGAAUGGUAUCUGGAAACAACUUUGUCGUAAAAUUGAUCCAGCUAUUGAACAACAUACAUCUCGUUACUCUCUUCUGUAUGUUCCAAAUAGUUUUAUUGUGCCUGGAGGAAGAUUCCGCGAGUUUUAUUAUUGGGAUGCAUAUUGGAUUAUCAAAGGAUUGAUUGCAUCUGAUAUGUAUAACACAACUAGAAGUAUGAUUAGAAAUCUUGCAUCAAUGGUUGACAAAUAUGGUUUUGUACCAAAUGGUGGAAGAGUUUAUUAUCUUCAAAGAAGUCAGCCACCAUUCCUGGCUGCAAUGGUUUACGAACUUUAUGAAGCAACCAACGACAAGGCCUUUGUUGCUGAACUUCUGCCAACUCUCUUGAAAGAAUUGAAUUUCUGGAAUGAAAAGAGAAUGACUGAUGUGCAAAUGAAUGGGAAAUCAUUUAAAGUUUAUCAAUAUAAAACAGCCAGCAACGUUCCUCGACCUGAAUCAUACCGUGUUGACACCCAAAACUCUGCAAAAUUAGCAAAUGGAGCUGAUCAGCAACAGUUUUAUCAAGAUCUUGCAAGCGCCGCCGAGUCUGGAUGGGAUUUCUCAACUAGAUGGUUUUCUGAUUAUAAAACUUUGACAUCUAUCGAAACUACCAAGGUUUUGCCUGUUGACCUGAAUGGUUUGCUGUGCUGGAAUAUGGAUAUCAUGGAGUAUCUUUACGAGCAAAUUGGUGACACAAAGAAUUCUCAAAUAUUCCGUAACAAAAGAGCUGAUUUCCGAGAUACUGUUCAAAAUGUUUUCUAUAAUCGAACAGAUGGAACUUGGUACGAUUAUAAUUUGAGAACACAAUCCCAUAAUCCAAGAUUCUACACAAGUACCGCAGUUCCUUUAUUCACAAAUUGCUAUAACACAUUGAAUACCGGAAAAUCACAAAAAGUAUUCGACUAUAUGGAUAAAAUGGGAGUAUUCACUUAUCCAGGGGGAAUUCCAACUUCAAUGUCUCAAGAAAGUGACCAACAAUGGGAUUUCCCAAAUGGAUGGAGUCCAAAUAAUCAUAUGAUCAUUGAAGGAUUAAGAAAAUCAGCAAAUCCCGAAAUGCAAGAUAAGGGAUUCCUGAUUGCUUCCAAAUGGGUUAUGGGCAACUUCCGAGUGUUCUAUGAAACCGGCCACAUGUGGGAGAAGUACAACGUGAUCGGCAGCUACCCACAACCAGGAUCUGGAGGUGAAUAUGAUGUUCAGGAUGGAUUUGGAUGGAGCAACGGAGCUAUAUUGGAUCUUCUCUUGACAUAUAACGAUCGAUUAUUUGUUCCAGAAAACUUUGUCAACACAACUGUCACACCUUCGGUUGAAUCUACUACCAAAUCUGCUCCAAAAUAUGCUAAGCUACCAUGGGUACUCGUUUUCGCUUUCAUGAUUCGUCAACUUUUUAAUUAUUAAAAAUUGAUUAAUUUAGCUACAAUUGGAACCAUACUGUGUGUAAAUAAAACAUUUUUAUGUUCAUAUUUC